AUGGAGGAGCUUUUGUUACAGAGCAGCGAGGAGGAGACCUGCUCCAACCAGAGUCCUUUCACUCCAGGAGCCACAGGGAGGACUGCGGUGGACCAGGUCAAGGCCUACCUGAUGGACAGGAUAAGGAGGGUCCGCUGGAGGAACGUGAGGGACUUCUGCAAAAGGAAUGGGCUGCUGACCCUGUCAGUUAUCGCUGUGAUUACUGGCUGUACGUUGGGCUUCAUGCUGAGAGGAACGGAGCUGUCAACACAGGCUAAGAUCUACUUCUCUUUCCCUGGAGAGCUCCUGAUGAGGAUGCUGAAGAUGCUCAUCCUUCCUCUCAUCACAUCCAGCUUGAUGUCUGGUCUGUCUUCCAUGGAGUCCAAGGCGUGCUGCAGGAUGGGCGUCCUCACUGUCACCUACUACCUGUGGACCACCUUCAUCGCCGUUGUGGUCGGCAUCAUGCUGGUCCUCAUCAUCCAGCCUGGAGCAGGGACAGACAUGGAGAGUAACCGUCUGGGUGGAGGACCGGUCAUGACCUCAGCAGAUGCCCUGCUUGACCUGAUCAGAAACAUGGUGCCGUCCAACCUGAUCGAAGCCACGUUCCAGCAGUACAAAACAGACCUGAUCCCCAUACUCAGAGUUCCAACCCGAACCAUCACAACUAACUUUAUUUACGUGGUGCCCGACGACAGCGACCCCAAAGGACGCACAGUCUACCUGGAGCUGACUCCGCCCCCAGACGUCAUAUACAAGACGAGUCCUGGCAGCAGCCAGCAGAUGAAUGUCCUUGGGAUUGUCAUCUUCUCUGCCACCAUGGGUCUGCUGCUUGGCAGGAUGGGGGAGCGUGGAUUACCGCUGGUCAACGUCUGUCAGUGCAUCAAUGAGUGUGUGAUGAAGAUCAUCAAUGCCGCUGUAUGGUACUUCCCAUUCGGGAUCAUCUUCUUGGUCGCAGGGAAGAUCUUGGACAUGCAGGACCCGAGCACCCUGGGGAAGAAACUGGGCUGGUAUGGCAUCACCGUCCUCACUGGCCUCUUCGUCCACGGCCUCAUCCUCCUCCCACUUUUCUUCUUUCUCCUCACCAAGAAGAAUCCCUUCACUUACAUCCGGGGGCUGCUACAAGCCCUGGUCAUUGCACUUGCCACCUCCUCCAGCUCUGCUACCCUACCCAUCACCAUGAAGUGCCUACUGGAGAACUGUAACGUUGACCGGCAGAUCGCUCGCUUUGUCCUGCCUGUAGGAGCCACCAUCAACAUGGAUGGCACAGCACUGUACGAGGCUGUGGCAGCUAUCUUUAUUGCUCAAGUCAACGAUUACGAGCUGGACUUUGGCCAGUUGGUCACCAUCAGUAUCACAGCCACAGCUGCUAGCAUUGGAGCGGCUGGGAUCCCUCAGGCCGGACUGGUUACCAUGGUGAUUGUGCUCACCUCUGUUGGUUUGCCUCCUGAUGACAUCACAUUGAUUGUGGCUAUUGAUUGGGUCCUUGACAGAUUUCGGACCAUGAUCAAUGUCCUUGGAGACGCUCUGGCUGCCGGGAUCAUUGCACACCUGUGUCGAAAAGACUUUCCACUAAAUGAAACAGGAAAGUCGGUGCCAUCUUAUGGGACACAGAACCCUCACACUAACUCCUACAGCAUCAACAUUCCCAUGACAGAGAUCCAUACCCACAAAGACGGCAUCUUGGAGACAACAUGCGACUCUAUCGGCCCAAGCCAGGCGCACACCGUCUACUAUAACAUCUGCCAAGUGUGAAGGACUGGGCCUCAGGUCUGACAGUAUUCCUUCAGGCCAUCGGGUCUAGUACAGGAGAAGAACCACAGUUGGCUCCUCCUCUUUGCUCCCUGACCAGCUGAUCCUAAUGGACAUGAGUUUCAAAAGGGUCAUCACAGGUACGGCAGACCCAAAUGGUCUGCUUCAUCGAGCUGGAAGGCAGCAGUCGUCAUGGUGGAACUGAGAUGGACCAGAAUCUCAGCCAAAACACAUUCUUUUAAAUGGAUCUUCUGUGUUUUUAUGGUGGGAGAAGACUGAAUUAUGGACUAAAUCCUAAAUUUCAUGGUACUUCUAAACUGAAGAGGGAAAACGUGGAUCCAUCGGGUCUUACAGGAGAUCCAGAACCGUAAUGCUGACCAGGAUGUGGGGGGGAGAGCUGUAAAGCUUCUAGAACUAGGACCAAACCUGGAUAUGUUUUACGGUUUCUGAAUGUCUGA